GCACUUCAGGUCUAACCAAGACAAACACUGACACUGACCGAAGGCCAUGGAGAGAACAGCAGUCGUCUUCGUCCUCCUCAGCUUUUGCUUCACCUCUCUGGCUUUAGAGUGCAGGGUGGUUCCAGGUAGCCUGAAGCAGCUUGAUGUUGGGAACGGUCAAGUGUUUGGGGUCAGCUCCAAUAAUCAGAUCUACACACUGUACAGCACUGGCUGGAUCCAGGUUCCUGGAUCUCUGAAGCACGUCAGUGUGGGACCUGCUGGCGUCUGGGGAGUCGAUUCCAACAAUUACAUCUACAAACUUGUAGGAGGACAUUGGGUUAUUUUUCCAGGCCUGCUGAAACAGGUGGAUGCUGGAGGAAUGAUCUCUCCAGCAGGCGUCAACAUGAAUGAUGAUAUCUUCUGCCUUACUGGGGGAUCUUCCUGGAUAAAUAUCCCAGGAAAGCUGAAGUACUACAGCUGUGGGCCGUACAGCUGCUGGGGAGUAAACGGUGCAGACAACAUCUACAUUAUGAAGGAUGUGACUCCAACGACUUGUGCUGGCUCCUUAAACUGGGAGCAGAUAUCUGGAGGUCUUUCCAUGAUUGAGGUUUCCACGGAUGGAAAAGUCUUCGGGGUCAGUUCGAUUGGAGAGGUCUAUCAGAGGGAUGGUGUUUCACCAAGUAACCCUGCUGGCACUGGGUGGCGCCAAGUACCAUCUCCUCAGAAAAUCAAGCAUGUUUCUUACGAUAACGGCCACCUGUGGCUCAUCGGCAGAGAUGACCGCAUCAUGGACUGCACCGAAUGAAAGGGCAGAGAGCUCUAGAGCCCUGCAGUGAAGUCCAGAUCAGACACCUCAUCUCAUCUUAGAGUCUCUGAGGAUGAACAGCAGCACAAAAGUUAUGAUCUAUAAUGGUGACUGGAACUCUUUCCUGACUACGUUUCCACCUUUUCUAUUGCAUUUAACCAAAACUUUCACAUGUUGCUAGGCUGAAAAAAGAAGGUAAUAUUACGCCCAAUGCAAUAAAUGUUUACUUUCAUUAAGCAUUAAGCAAA